GCCGCGUUCUGCCUCCCCACUUCCAAAACAACAUUUCAACAUGACAGAAAGAGACGAACCUGCACCGCCAAACACUAACUCGCUGUCUUUCUAACCUUUUUUUUUUCCUGCUGCCUCAUCCAAGCGGUACCCAUUUCCAACUUUUUUGAUCCCACACCUCCCACACUUCUACUUCCCUGGAAAUUAGAGGAGGUUGGUUUUUGUUUUUAUUUCCACUCCGGGAAUCCGCAUGGAUGUGGCCGCGGUAGAGGGGAUGUCUCUGCCGGGUAUCCGAGUCCGGAAUCGAGCGACACAAGUGAUGCCGAACCAGAAGAAGGUCAGCGCGAGACGGAAAAGGCGAAAGGAGUUGGUUUUAAUCCAGAUUUGCUUGUUCGGCGGCUUGCUGCUGAUCGUCAAGGGGGUUUCCUACUUAGCGGAAAAUUCAGGUUUCGACGUCUCCAGCCACAGCAGCGGCAGCCAGCACAGAUGGGCAGGAAGGAGGCUACUGCAGGAAAUGGACAACGGCAGCCUGGAGGAAGCAGAGGAACCUAAGAACUGCACCACUCCAGCUUUGCACGAGUUCCCUUCUGAUUUGUUCACCAACAAAGAGAGGACAGAAGGAGCCGUGGCCUUGCAUGUCCUCUGCACCAUUUAUAUGUUCUGUGCUCUGGCCCUUGUCUGCGAUGACUACUUUGUCCCCUCCCUGGAGAAGAUAUGUGAGCGUCUCAAUCUCAGCGAGGACGUCGCAGGUGCGACCUUCAUGGCCGCCGGCAGCUCGGCUCCUGAGCUCUUCACGUCCGUUAUAGGGGUAUUCAUCACCAAAGGCGACGUAGGUGUGGGGACCAUCGUGGGCUCGGCCGUCUUCAACAUUCUCUGCAUCAUCGGAGUGUGUGGCUUCUUCGCUGGUCAGGCAGUGAAGCUCUCUCACUGGGGUUUACUCCGGGAUUCGAUGUAUUAUACAUUUUCUAUCGUAGCCCUCAUUGCGUUCAUCUACGAUGAGGUGGUGUGCUGGUGGGAAUCUCUUGUCCUGGUCCUCAUGUAUGCCGUUUAUAUCCUGAUCAUGAAGUUCAACGGCAGGGCGCAUCGCUACUUCGACCGUCGAAAGAAGAGCUCUGUGAAUCUGGCCAACGGACUGACAGGAAGCACUGAUCUGGAGGAUAAUGUCACGUGUGAUGCUACUGCAGUCCUACUUAAGAAAGCCAACUUCCACUGUCAGCCGUCUGUGCUGAUGGUAGACGAGCUGCUGUCUGCGUACCCCCACCAGCUGUCCUUCUCCGAGGCCGGCAUGAGGAUCAUGAUCACCAGUCACUUCUCCCCCAGGACCCGCCUCACCAUGGCCUCCCGCAUGCUGAUCAACGAGCGACAAAGACUGAUCAACACCACGGAGACUCGGGUCAACCGCAUCACCAAUGGCGAGUCGGACUCGGUGACCAGGGUUCAGGGGAGGCGGGGCUUAGAGAAUGGGAUGGGCGAGCAGGGCCUGAACGGCAGGUGCAGACUUCAGCGGCUGGAGUCUGGCAAUGAGACAGAGAACGAAAACGAGGAUAAUGAGAACAACGAGAACGACGAGGAAGGGGAAGGUGAAGAAGACAACGGAGGUCCCCUGGUGCCUUUCAAAGUCCCAGCCGGUGCUUGUAACAAGUUGAAGUGGGUAACAAUGUGGCCGCUGUCCCUGCUUCUGUUCUUCACCGUGCCCAACUGCAGCAAGCGGCGCUGGGAGAGGUGGUUCAUGAUCUCCUUCUUCACCGCCACCAUCUGGAUCGCUGGCCUCUCAUACAUCAUGGUCUGGAUGGUGACUGUGAUCGGAUUCACUCUCGGGAUCCCUGACGUCAUCAUGGGCAUCACCUUCCUGGCAGCGGGAACCAGCGUCCCAGACUGCAUGGCCAGUGUUAUAGUCGCACGGCAAGGUAUGGGAGACAUGGCCAUCUCCAACUCCAUAGGCAGUAAUGUGUUUGACAUCCUGGUCGGCCUGGGCCUGCCCUGGAUGCUGCAGACGCUCUGCAUCGACUACGGCUCCAUCAUCCAUCUCAACAGCAGAGGGCUCAUAUUCUCAGUUGCACUCUUACUAGCAUCAGUAUUCUUCACGGUUCUCGGCGUCCAUUUAAACAAAUGGACUCUCGACCGGCGACUGGGCUUGAUCUGCCUCGUCAUGUACGCCAUCUUCCUGUGCUUCUCCAUCCUCAUCGAGUUCAACGUCUUCAUUUUCGUCAACCUCCCGAUGUGCCGAGACAUCCACUGACCUCCCCCGUCGCCUCCUUCUCCGCCGCCUUCUUCUUCCUCUGGCUGAUGGAGGAAACCUCACCUGGCUCCCAGUUUCUCGGCGCCUUGGAACAUUUCCUACCUUUUACUUUUUAGAAAACUAGAGCUCUGUAUGAUUUAUAUUUGGUGCAAUACACACAAUGGAUAGGACACCGGAGGGGUUUUGUUUUUUGUUUUUUCCGGAGGGGAGGUGGGGGGUUCAGAACCGGACUGGAGGCGCAAAGAGAAAGUCCCGAUUGCUGCCAGUUGUGUGAGGAACCACGAGGUUAGCUGGAGUGAACUUAACUGUAGUGACACCGACAGUUGGUGAACAAGCUGCUACUGUAACUGACUGAGGGGGAGAGAAGAGGGAACUCAGCGAUUUUCAGCUGGAUUGUUUGUUACUCUUUGUACAAGUUUGGAUAUAAGCACAUGAUUUAAGGUAUUUUUAAGCAAAAAAAACAACAAAAAAAAACAACAAAACAAAACGUCUUUCUCUGUAUAUAUUUGAGGAUUAUAGAAGUGCUAACGUUAGCUGAUAUAUGAUGUUCUCUUAUGCACAAACUGGAUCAAUCUCGCAAGGAUGUACGAUCCCAUGACGGUGACAAUGUCGUAUGUUUUACUUUAGUGAUUUGGUCUGCAAGCAAAUGCUUCGACGCGUCUCCCUGCUCCGGUACCGGCCAACGCGGCAUGCUGCACCAGCCACAGCGCACACAGCUUCGCACUGACAGAGAGCAUCUAGGUAUUUCACACUAUUCACAUAGAGUUUAUCGGCUGUUUUCUUUCGUGUCCAAGUGGAUGUGGGCUUUAGCGUCCCCACACGAGAAAGGGAUCUACUUGGAACUGACGUCCGGCACUGUCACUUUAUGGAUUAGAGAUCGAAUUCUUCUGUUAUUCUGUCGCAAAACGUCUACAGGUACUCUCAACGCGUAACUACUGAAGUUAAAAUUCCCUCUAUGCGGUAGACCUCUAUAUUAAAGAGUUAGUUUUUAGUCUCUGAGUUGAGUGUAAUGUUGUUAUGUCUUAAAGCCAAAAGUAUUUUUUAGGAUAGGAGUCGUAGAUUCGGACUUAAGAGUCAAAUGCACAGUGUGUUUGUGUGUGAGUGUGUGUCUCGCAAUCUGGAGGAGAACCAAGGAUACCACUGUUACUGGGAAGACACAAUCAUGAUUUAUUUAUGAAUUAAUUUAUUCAAAGAUUGUGUCUGACCAGCAGUUUCAGGCCUUUGGAUUGUGUACAGUGUAUUCAAUGGAACGCGCUCUGCUGUACAAUGUACUGUACCUAAUAUAUAUAAUCUAAGUACUGGAAACUGACUUGAUGUUGUUUAUAUUUAAGAAUAGAACUUUAUCAUUUGUAAGUUUUGUAUAGUUUGGAAAGGUAUCGCAACAAGUGGAUGGACGUUGAGAAGAGGGAAAUAAACGGAAGCCGACGUGUUGUCGAAUCCCCUCACAUGCCGCAUCGAUGAUUAAAUAUGGAUUCAUAUUAAGAAAAAGGGAAGUGUGUACUAGUGGCAUGCCACCUUCUUAACUUGUUGUUUCUUAGUCAGCAUAAAGUCUCGUGCCAUCCCCUGUGUUUGAGGCUUCAAAAACACCAGUACCAGUGGGAAUUCUCCUGCUUGUACUUGAGCCGAAAAUUACCACUCUGUUUCGGCCCGUGGUCGGACUAAUUCUUAAGGAUGCGUUUUUUGUUUUGUUUUUUAAUUUCAUUUUAUUUUUUGCCUAAAAGAUUCCUCACGCCCGUAGAAGCUCUGAUGAAUUAAAAGCUUGCUCUGCAGGUGUUGAUGCGCCUCCAGCGGCCACAAGAGGGCGCCGCGGAGCCGCGUCACGCCUUCGGAGACGGGCUGUGAUUUUCCAAAAGGGCUUUUGGGUAUAGUUUCCGUUAGGCUACCUAGAGACACAUACUAGUCGGUUUGCAUGCCUCUUUCAUAAGUUGGAUUAUUUUGUGUGUAAUUUUACCAAGAUCAAAAAGGCACUGUCUUGAUUAUGCUGUACAUAUCAGGAGGAGGAAUGUGCUAUCAGAACACGGAGGUUGAAUAACCUCUGGCGAGCAGUGAUAUUUGAGAUAUUUACAGUAUUUAGAACGUAGGCCUUCAACAGUUAGUUUUCAGCUAAUUCUUGUCGUUUUAUGCUCACGUCUUUUGAACUGUUUGUAAAUCCUCAUUUUUGUUGAUGAGGACCUCUGGGUGGAGCUCAGAGCCGAACGGGAGGAAGAUGUUGGCCUUGUUCCCAGUGGUCGUCUUGCAAUAAACUGAUUUACACACA